AUGAAGUCGGUUUUGGUUACUGGAUGCAACCGGGGAAUAGGGUUAGGUCUGAUAAGACAUCUAGUGAGAGAAAAAAAUCCCCCAGCCCACCUCAUAGCGACCUGUAGGAGCGUCGAAAAGGCGAAGGAUCUACAGCAAAUCGCAUCCGAAAACAAUAACGUACAUCUAUUAGAACUAGAUGUACGUGACUUCGAUCAAUAUGACGCCUUCUCGAAAAAAGUGGAAAGCAUAGUUGGACAGGACGGUCUAAAUGUUCUUUUUAAUAACGCAGGAGUUUCUUCCAAAUUCACAAGAAUCCAACUCGUCAAACACGAACAAAUGUUAGAAGCUUUUAAAGUAAACACCAUCGCACCAGUUAUGCUUACAAAGGCCUUAUUCCCCCUUCUGAAACGAGCUUCCGAAAAAAAUCCUUCCAAGCCUGUAGGAGCAGAAAGAGCCAUCAUCGUAAAUACAACGUCAGUUCUUGGGUCAAUCGCGUUAAACAGCGACGGUGGUUUAUACCCAUACAGGUGUUCAAAGUCGGCUUUGAAUAUGGCAACUAAGUCGUUGAGUGUGGACUUUCAAAAGGAUGGAAUUUUGGUUAUAGGACUUCAUCCAGGGUGGGUGAAAACCGAUAUGGGCGGCUCAAAGGCUCCGCUAGAUGUGGAUACGAGUAUUACUGGUAUUCUACAAGUUCUUAAAAAUGUGAACGAAUCGCAUAAUGGUGGUGUUUAUCAACAUGAUGGGCAACGGCUGGAGUGGUAGAUGAGGAAUAAACAUACACCAGAACAGUAGUGUGUAGAUCUUGAUAACCAGAAAAGAACAAAUAUUUUUAAAUAUAAAGACAAGACUUAA